AUUCGUUUUUUUCUGAUGAAGGUUUGAGAAUCUCUGUAAAUCUUUAUGUUGAUGAUUUUGAGAUUUGUAACCCUCUUGGGACAUCUCGAAAGACACACAAACUUUGUGGUGUAUAUUGGGUUUUGGGUAAUUUGCCACCAGGUUCCCAUUCAACACUAAACUCAAUCUAUUUAGCUGUUCUAUGCAAAUCUGAUGAUGUUAAGACCUAUGGCUAUGGAAAAGUGUUGGAGCCUCUCUUGCAAGACUUAAGCAUAUUAGAACAGCACGGUGUAUUUAUAUCUCAGCUUGGUCAGUUUGUUAAAGGUUCUGUCCAGUGUGUUAUAGCUGACAAUCUUGGAGCCCAUGGGCUCGGGGGAUUUGUUGAGAGUUUUUCAGCUGGGUCAGUAUGCAGGUUUUGUAUUGGAGUCAAAUCAGAUUUUCAGACUAAGGAUGUCCAGUCAGGUGCUUUCCAACUGAGAACAAGAGACAUCCAUGAUGUUCAUGUCCAGUCUGCUCAGGAGAAUGCAACUAUUUGCUGUGGUGUAAAAAAGCAGUGUGUUUUAACAGAGCACCUUUCCCAUUUUCAUGUAACUACUGGUUAUCCUCCUGACAUUGUGCACGACCUUUUUGAAGGUGUUGUACCAGUUGAACUGGCUCGUUGUAUGAGUUUGUUGAUCUCCAAAAAAUACUUCACUUUUGAAAGGCUCAACACAUUGAUUCAGACAUUUCCGUACAAAUGGGGGGACAGAACCAAUCGCCCCCAUGCCAUACCACGCUCUUUCACAUCUAGAAACACAAUAGGUGGCAAUGCGCAUGAAAACUGGACCUUAAUAAGACUGCUUCCCUUUGUGAUUGGGCACAUUUUACCAGAAGAUGAACCAGCGUGGCAGCUAAUUCUAGAUCUUAAGGACAUAGUUGAGUUGGUUGUGGCCCCUGUUCACACAGAUGAGACCAUUGCUUAUCUUGAAGCCAAGAUCUAUGAUCAUAGGCAGCGCUAUCUUGAACUCUUUCCACAUGUAAAGCUCUUACCAAAACAUCACUUUUUAGAGCACUAUCCGCAAAUGAUUCGUUGCUUCGGGCCUCUAAUUGUACUGUGGACAAUGAGAUUUGAGGCUAAACAUAGCUUCUUCAAGCAGGUUGCUCGUCACACCAAUUGCUUUAAGAACAUACCUCGUUCACUAGCUACUAAACACCAGUUCAUGCUUGCCUAUCACACACAUUCCUCCAGUGUCAAGAAGUCAUCCUUGGAGGUCACACAUGUCUCAAUCCUGCCUGUUGAUGUCCUUAAUGAGGGAGUCGUGUCUACACUGAAACAAAGUUUCCCAGAUGUGACUGAGGUUCAUAUGGCAAACAAUGUGUCUAGCUUGGGUAUACGUUACUGCGAGGGGAUGAUUAUUGUACACGGAUCUGCAGAUGGACUGCCUAAAUUCCAUGAGAUCAUUAAACUUUGCAUUGUUAAGGAGAAGUUGUGUUUUCUGGUAAAAGACGCAUGUGCUUGGUACAGAGAGCAUUAUGGUGCUUUUGAGCUGUCUGCCUCGCCCAAUACAGAGGUUGCCGUUAUUGAGCUUGCUGACUUGGUAGACCCCUAUCCCCUUGUUGACUACAUGGUUGGGAGUUUGCGCAUGGUAAUGUUGAAAAGAUUCAUCAUUGUUAAAGAUUAAAAGGUGUUCCAUAAUGGCAGGUCGGGCGCUUCUGCGCAUCAUCUUUGCCGACCAGUCUGACUCUAGAAAACUGACCCUGGAUUCGGGAAUCCCAGCAACAGUUGAAGAACUGCACACAUUUGUCAAGACAUCUCUUCAAUUGAAAGAGGACUUCCGUCUGCAAUACAUGGAUGUUGACUUUAACGAGUUCAUGAAUCUUACAUCAGUGUCUGAAAUUCAGGAUAAAAGCACACUGAAAGUAAUUUACUCUCCUAUAUUGUCAAAUAUUGAGCCCUCCAUCACUUUGUACACAGUUGACUCAUUUGAUAAGACCUCAAUUACUGGAAGCUCAGAGCCUCUAAUCCCUGAAUCAUCAAUAGCCUCAUGCUGCAGUGAUGAUAUGGUGUAUACGUCAACCCCGCAUCCAUCCCCUGAAGCUCAGGCCUCACAAUUGUUAUCCUGGCCCACAGUUUUUGUGGUUCCUAAGCUCACCUACGAGGCUGAAUUUGAGCUUCAUCUAAAGAAUGCAGAGUUUGAGACAACUGGUACAUACUUCCAGCCUGGCCUAAAGCUGAAAGGAGUCAUUCUUGAUGGCCUAGCCCAAGAAAUGAUCAAAUUCACAAAAUAUCCGAAAGACUAUCAGUGUGAAGAGGUAGCUGCAGCGUUGACGAGGGCCCACCCUUGUUUGGGGCAGCUAGGAUCCAAGACAGGAUUUGGGGGGUGGAAACAGUCUCUUAAGUACAAAAUGCAAAACUAUCGUACAAAGCUUGGCCGUCUUGGACAUCCUGAAAUCCUUGUGAACUCCUUAAAGCACAAGAAAACAGGCCAAGGCAAAGCUGCAGCAAACAUAAAAAAAACCAAGAAAAGCUGAAGUAAACUACAUUCCUCUGCACCCAAAAGGCGAAACCACAGAAAGCUUGGAGAACGAGAGAAUUGCCUUAUUGUCAGAACUGAAAAAGCGUGACAAUGAAGUGGUGAUAAAAGCAAAAAUGGAAAAAACCUUCUCCCACAGACGCCUUGAGAUUGUGGAGCAAAGGCCUUUGAUAGGGGACUUCAAAUGCAGAUGGCCUGCUCUGUUUCAGCAGAGUGAAGUGAAUGCGGAGUUUUUGAGGAUCACAACAUCACCACUUCAAUCAAAGUUCAUGUGGCAGCUGGACCACUUCUCAGACAAGCUCUUGAAGAUCUUCAAGACCAAAGGAGGAGUGAAGGGGCACAAAAUCAAGGAAGCCCUUGCAAUAUCAGAUUCGUUUGAAAACAUCCACAUCAAGAGGGGGUGCAUCCUGCGAAGCAUCGCGAUCUACCUCAACGAGGAUCCAGACUCUUUUUUUAAGGAGUAUCAGGCCUCUGCCUCUGAAGAUGCCAAGAGGGACAUGGCAAACACAGUCAUGGGCAUAUACACACUUCAAAGAGAUGUGGAUGGGCAGCCAGAGGACGUGGGAAUUGUCAUCGAAGGCAAUAUAGUCAUGGACAACUUGGGCAGCGUGAUUGUGGGGUUUGUCAUGCUAUUGGGACUUAUUUAUGCCCUGGAUUUGAGCUUUCCAGACAACCUCAAACACACCUUCGAGUUCAUGCAGAAGGUAGUGAUGAAUCUGGAUGGGCACAAGCUGAAUGGUAAAAUCGAAAGUCUGAAGAUCAAGUUGUUCGAUUGAAAUGUGAAAAAGAAGUGACUCAUGAGUUCAUUGUUGUCAUUUUAUUCACGAGUUUCCUAGUCAGAGCAGAUUGAGCCGUUAUAUCAAUCAUUUGUUCUGUGCUUUUCUGUAUUUGUUUCAACACACUGUAACACUAUUUCCAUAUGUUGGUGUUUGCAGUGCACUCUUUAUGUUAUGUGUUAUUGUCCUGUUAGAAGAGCAGUGCAUACCCCUGUUAUAUUGUAUUCAUUGUAUUUGGCAAAGGGAGAUUUGUAAGUUAAUUAUAGGAGUUCCAUUUCUCUGCCAUUUUAAAAAUGGUAUUAUCUUUCAGAAAUGUUUUUCAUCUUUCAGUGUGAAUUCAUUCAUUUUAAAAAGACUGUAUUGAAUGGAGGAUUGUUUUGAAUAAUGUGAAUUUAAAAAUAAAAAAAACUAAACCAUGUUUUCUAUCAUGUGUAACACAUUUUUAUUAAAUUAUAUUUAACCUCAUUAUUUCAUUUUCAAUUAAUUAAAUAGGAUUUAGGUGGACUAGCAUUAUUUAAAUUCAUAAAGGUAAUGUUAUCAUUUUACUUAAACUCUAUUUGAAAAAUUUGAGUUGGACUAACUCAUUUACAUUAUACUGCAUGGAUGCCAUUAGUUUGAGUUUGUGCCACAUAUAUUUAUUGGAUGGAAAACCUGCCAACAAUAAAAUUGAGUUAAUCCAAUGAGUUAUUUC